ACGAAACAAUACAAAGAGAUCGGUACACCCAAGGAAGUAGUAGUAAUGGGUGCAUCGCCUACAUAUCCCCGUUUCGUGGGAAUGGUGUGCGGUUUUAUCUAGACACCGGGAUUCUUUCUUGAUUUACACGUCUUUUUCCUUCUUUGCACUUGUUGUUCAUCUCCCAUUAUCAUCUUGUCUUUCCCUUUACAAUGUCAACUACCUCUCACACCUUACAUUCUCCCUUCACAACUCCGUUCAUUGCCCCAUCAUCAUGUACAGAUAGCCUUGCUGACAACGGCAUACGACCUGACGCGAGCGGCACCCGCCGCCCCGUUCUACAAGCAGUAUACCCGCAAGAAAGCGCUUGUUUCGCACCUGGAUGGACGACAGCAGUCAACUCGUAUGCGAAAGGCGCAAACUUCUGGGGCGGCAACCCGAUAUGCCCAUCCGGUCAGAGCGUCGCGCAGACAUACUCUAGCGGCACAAUAACGACGGCCAUCUGCUGUUCAGACGGCUGGGGAAAUGUCUUCUCCAACGGCAACGGGGUCUCCGGGACCGCAUAUGGCUUCUGGAUGUGCGUGAAAUCGUGGAGCAUGCCGGCCACGACGACCGUCUCCGGAUCCAUCCUCUCCGGCGGGCUCGUCACGCCAGGUAUUGCAGCCAUAACGGGUCCUGGCCUCGUGGAAUCGACGGCAGAGUACAUUUUUGUAUACUCGACAAUAACCUCGACCUUGUCGUCGACGUUGACUUCUUCGUCUACAUCUACAUCAGGCUCUUUGCAGUCGUCCACCACGACCUCGGCUUCAUCGACUGUCACCGUGCCCCCCAACCCUCCUCAGACUGGUCUUUCGGGUGGUGCAAUCGCAGGCAUAUGUAUUGGUGUUAUCGCUCUCCUCCUAUUACUUUUGGCAGGCUUCUGGCUCCGCCGGCGACGCGUAGCUACCAAAAGUUCAAAAGAGGUUACACACGAUGGAAUUUUCUAUGAGAAGCCAGAAUUGUCUGGUCAGUCAAGGGUGCUAGGAGAGCUGCCGGAGUAUGGAGAGCCACAGCUGAUACCAGAACUAAAUGGAAACGACUCUCAAUUGGCACGAGAGCAUCCUAGAGCAAGAGAUCAGAAUUCGAUCGUUGAAUUAGACGCGGAGCAGAGGAGAUGGUGAAUAGUUUGAUCAAAAUGAGAUAAGAGAAGAAGAAAAGGGGUGAGGACGUAUAAGCCCGGAGCAUCGCUGGGCGAGUUAGCAGCCAGGUCUGGCUUCGUUGGGCAUUACCCACUCAGUAUUUCUUCCAAAGCUUGAAAAGGGCUUCGUAUAUUUGCACAUCCAUAUGCGCGGGACCACCAUGGAAUAGCGAAUUCUUGGAACGAAUCGAUGAAUCCCGGUGAACGAGUAGCCAUUAACGUGCUUAGGCGAUAUGAGUCGGGACGCUGGUUACCGUCGCUCCAAGCUCCAGUGCAGCGCUGGAUAUCCCAAUAUCCAAUUUGUUACUCUCGAGAGUUUUUCAAACUUGAUACAAUUGUCGUAUUAAUCGGUUCUAGUAUG